UCUACACUGCAAGUGAAAAGAUUCGUAGAGCAGUGGGACAAAAAUAAAUAAAUAAAGCAAAAGGCUGCAACAGCACAAGAAACAGAAACAGAUAAAAGAAGAGAAAGUGAGUGGAAGAGAGUUUACAACAGAAAGAAAAUGUUAAGGAGAAACAGAUCCCAAAAGUGGUGGCAUAGAUAAAUACUGCUUAGUUUACUAAUGAGGGACAAGGGAAACGUAUAUCUCAUUGGACUCCAGGGACCAGCACGCUAGGCUCAGAUCCCUGAAAAGUAAUGGAUAACGCCAUGUACAGAGGGGCUAGCUUGGAAGAGAGGCAAUGUCAAUCCAGUAGCAUUUCUCCUCAGGACAAGUGUACCCUGCAACAAAAGAGGGUGAGUUUCACAUGUGAGCGAAAGAAUGGACAUCAUAUGCACGGAGAUUCCAUCUCAUUGCAGUCUGAUAGCAUGGACAACCACUGCCAGCUGUAUGGCCAGUACACAGAGCAAUUGGGAGAGUUUGCACGAAAAGAAGCUGCUCGAAUUCGGGAGAGAAAUGCCAGUAAUGCUGCCAGUGCUGACCAAGCUCCUCCUCAUCGUCCAUCAUGUACAGAUAAAGGGCAUGAGCCAAAGCGUGAACCAUACUCCAAAUGUCGAGACUGUGGAAGGCGGAUCCAAAAAUACCUCUUUACGAAGCUGGGUGAAGAUUGGAUUUUCCUGGUGCUUCUUGGGUUGGUGAUGGCGCUCGUCAGCUGGUCUAUGGACUAUGCAAGUGCCAAAAGUUUACAAGCAUACAAAUGGAUGUACAGGGAACUUGGUGACAAUGUACUACUGCAGUACCUCGCAUGGGUGACCUAUCCAAUCAUCAUGGUGGUCUUUUCUGCACUUUUUUGCCACCUUGUCUCGCCACAGGCAGUAGGCUCAGGCAUUCCAGAGUUGAAGACCAUCAUCCGAGGGGUGGUGCUAAAAGAAUAUCUUACCUUGCGUGCCUUUGUGGCCAAAGUGGUGGGACUGACAGCUGGUCUUGGAAGUGGCAUGCCUGUGGGAAAAGAGGGUCCCUUUGUGCACAUUGCAAGCAUAUGUGCUGCUGUCCUCAGCAAGUUUAUGUCUGUAUUCUGCGGGGUAUACCAGCAGCCACAUUGCUACUCUGAUAUCCUGACAGUUGGCUGUGCCGUAGGGGUGGGCUGCUGUUUCGGAACCCCUCUUGGAGGGGUUCUCUUCAGCAUUGAGGUGACCUCCACAUACUUUGCUGUCCGGAAUUACUGGCGGGGAUUUUUUGCAGCAACAUUCAGUGCUUUCAUUUUUCGAGUUCUUGCAGUUUGGAACAAAGAUGCCGUCACUAUCACAGCCCUUUUCCGAACUAACUUUCGAAUGGAGUUUCCAUUUGAUCUUCAAGAGCUGCCAGCUUUUGCCGUGAUUGGGAUCUGCUGUGGUUUCCUGGGGGCUUUCUUUGUCUACCUGAAUCGGCAAGUUGUAUUAUUCAUACGUCGUAAGAAUGUCUUGACCUGCUUCCUCACGAAAUAUCGUCUGGUCUACCCAGGAGUUGUGGCCUUUGUGAUAGCUACUAUCACCUUUCCUCCAGGUUUUGGACAGUUCAUGGCAGGAGAGCUAAUGACCCGGGAGAGUAUCAACUCACUCUUCGACAACCACACCUGGACAAAACAUGUUGGAAACACCCAGGUCCUUGGAAAGUCAGCAGUAUGGAUUCAUCCCAAACUUAAUGUCUUCGUCAUCCUCCUUCUGUUUUUUGUUAUGAAGUUCUGGAUGUCUGCAGUUUCUACAACUUUGCCAAUUCCCUGUGGUGCUUUUAUGCCAGUCUUUGUAUUAGGAGCUGCCUUUGGGAGAAUUGUCGGAGAGAUAAUGGCCACACUCUUUCCUAAUGGGAUUCUGUUUGAUGGAAUCAUCUACCGGAUCCUGCCUGGUGGCUAUGCUGUCAUAGGUGCUGCAGCACUGACUGGUGCAGUGACCCAUACUGUUUCAACAGCUGUCAUCUGCUUUGAGCUCACAGGACAGAUAUCCCAUAUUCUUCCUAUGAUGGUCGCUGUUAUCCUUGCCAACAUGGUGGCCCAGAGCCUACAGCCAAGUCUCUAUGACAGCAUCAUCCAGGUGAAGAAGCUACCUUACCUACCUGACCUUGGCUGGUCCCACAUGAAUAAAUAUAACAUCUUUGUAGAAGACAUCAUGGUACGAGAUGUGAAGUACCUUUCCUACAUCUGUGUUUACCGUGACCUCCAGAAUGUGAUUGAAAGCUGUUGCCUCAAGACUUUGCCCCUAGUGGACUGUUCAGAGUCUAUGAUCCUGCUAGGCUCAAUAGAAAGAACAGAACUUCAAGCUUUGCUUCAGAGGCACCUUAGUAAGGAACGACGGUUAAUGCAGAAGGAGCCACAGAGGAAACAGCUGUUAGACAAGGGGCAGGCUUCACCACGGCUUGAAGGCAAACACAAGUCCUUUCCUUUUGUAUAUGAGGCUAGAUCAGAAGAAAUCGUUCAGAAGUCAGAAGUGACUCCAGUGGUAUUUCCAAACACUCCACUUUCCGGAGAACCCAAUGGUCCUGUAAGUCCCAGCAAACCUCCAGAAGAAGAAAAUCAGGAAUGUGCAGGAACAGGAGUUCUGAGAACCAUGAGAGACACGAUUUGCCGUAUGCUGUGCUAUACUACACCACCACCAGAAAAGGAAAAAGAAGAGGAGGUCCCAGAGAUGGUGGACAGCAUGAACCCAGAAGAGUUAUUGAAGAUAAAAGCAUGGGAGGAAGAAGAGCUGAACAAGCCAGUUGACUUUGAAAGUUGUCGCAUCGAUCCAUCACCCUUUCAGUUAGUGGAACGGACUUCCUUGCAUAAGGCUCACACGCUCUUCUCAUUAUUGGGCCUGAAUCAUGCCUAUGUCACCAGUAUUGGGAAGCUAGUGGGAGUUGUGGCAUUAAAAGAGCUUCAGAAGGCUAUUGAAGGUUCUACGAGCUCAGGUGUGAGGUUACGUCCACCUCUUGCCAGUUUUCGUGACAGCACAAGAAGUGCUUCUAAAAAGAGCCAUCUGGCCCCAGCACCCCAAAUUUGGACUCUUCAUAACACCAGCUGCACAGUAGAUGUGGAAGCAGGGCAGGAGAAAGGACUCAAUGCUGCAAAAACAGCAGAUACAGAUGAAACAGAGCUUCAGAAUUUGGGGUCUAGGAGCACAGCACAAACAUCCAGAGACCUGCAACCUUUAUCAGAUGAUACCGAGGUCAGUGAAGACAGUCACCUAUGAAACCGAAUAGCACAACAUGCUUUUUGCUGUGUGCAUCUUAAUGAACUCAUGCAGACAACACUAUGAACUUCUUCCAAUAUACCCCUCUACCCCUCUGCUAUAUUACUGUACAUGAGAACUAAAACUCUUCAAGGCACUGGCUAUGAUCAGAUCCUAGGAGUAUCGAUUUGAAUGGUCUUAGGAUCUCCAUGUCUGGAGAUCAACUUGAUACUGAAAAUGACAGCAACAUAAUUCUGCUAACUAUCGCAGCAGGUCAGCUAAGAUAAGAGGAAGUUUUCUGAAAAUUUUACCUUCCUCCAGAUAUGGCAGUGGUGUAAUAUGUGGUUUACUAUGCCUGAAGAAGAAGAAUUGUAACCAUUGUGAAAGAAGGCAAUACACGUCUUGGCCACAGAGCUGCAAUCAAAGAAAGUUUAAACAAUUUUAGUAUAUCCCUUUAAAAUGUAAGUGGUCAUACUGUAUCACUGCACUUCAUGCCUGUUUAUUCAUUUCACUCAGUAACUUUUUAGUGAUGAAGCACUCAGUAAUAAAUUAACAACACAAAUCAAAAAAAGCAGUGGGAAGUGAUUCUGGACUGUACACUCCAAGGAUGCAUUCAAGCAGGAUGCUAUAACCGUGAGAUAUUUAAGCAUCUAGGAGAUCCAAAGUGGUUUAUACUAUGCAUGCUGGUGUGUGUCACUGAACCUAGAAAAAACAGGUCUCAUAUAUAUCAAUACAAAUAAUCAUUAGGAAUGCAGAUUAAACUUCGUCACAAGCUAACGUAAACAAUAUUUUCUCUAAGCAAAUCUCCUUCCAGCUUAGCAGUUAAAGGGAUAUUUUAUUUUGUAAACAGUUUAUUACCAUUUGUAUGAA